CAAAAAUAAUUACAUUUGGAACAUAGUUUAUAUAAGAACGAUUAUAAUUUCACCCCCAGUUAUUGAGAACCCCAGUUACCCAGCCAGACGCUCAAUUGCUUCAACCCACUGUACUUUACCAUAAGAACAGGUUACCCGAUACUUUGAUCGUAACACCUCCUCAAGCUCGCCCUGGUCUUUGCCGCCGGCGCCAACGCCCUCCCCGCCGGCCCCAAGUGCAACAUCCACCGCCGCGAUGUCCAGCAGAUGACCGAGGUCGGCAGCGUCGGCGAAGGCGAGACCGCCGAGCUGGAGAAGCGCCGCGCCGAGGACCUGCCGUUUGAGUGCAGCGGCUGCGGCAAGAAGUGGAAGACCAAGUCCGAGGCCGACAGCUGCUCGGCUUACCACAAGACAUACCCCGCUUGGACCGCGCGUGACUAGAUGCCUUGUUCAUGGGAGCGUUUAUUUCCUUUGGUUUCUUGGAAGCAUGGAAGUUUCGGG